UUCCCCAGCAGCCGCCAGACCAGAUCUUGGCGGUGGCGGCGGCGCGGCAGCCCUCUCUGCUGAGAAGGGAGGAAGGGAGGGAGCGACUACAACUCCCAGCUCUCCCCUCCCGGCCUGUGGCUGGUUUGGAGAUGGCUGCCUCCGUAUCCCCGAGCGAGGAGGCGGCGACGGCUUGGAAUCGGAGUCGCCCAGCUUAGGUCAGGCUGGUAAAGGCAUCGGGUGGAGGCGCGGCCCUCUGCCGAGGUUCCCUUCGAGGGUGGGAGCUGCUGGCACAGGAGGAGGAAGAGCAGCUAGACCGGGCAGGCCGCCGGCCGGGGAGAGAGAGGGCGGCGGCCCCUCCCACGAGGAUCCGUCCUUGCAGCCAAAUAGGCGCUACUGCUACUAGCGAGGAUGAGGUCAGAACGCUGUCAUCGUCAGCUCAAAGCUCUGUACACCCGGAAUCCGUCCCGUUGAGGCCCAUCCAUGUGGACAGAGAGAGCCUGCUCCACUGGCAAGAUGGGCUUCUACAUCAGUUCCCUCUCCAGAGCAUCCUACGGCAACAGAGCCCCGCUAGAGUCCUCUCGCCCACCUGCCAAGCGUUACCAGGCAGCACCCAGCUACAACUAUAGGUGGACUGAGCUGCACUACGAGGCAAGCCGCGGCAAUGUGGAGAAGCUGAUGCAACUCCUGGUGACCUCCGGCAGGGAGCUGUUGGACAAGAAGGAUUAUUAUGGCAAGACACCACUCUACUGGGCUGCCUACAAGGGGCAGAGGCGAUCUGUGGAGAUACUGCUCCAACAUGGCGCCCAUGUCAACACAUGCUGUAAACAUGGAGGGACACCCCUUCAUGCUGCCGUUGGCCUUUUCCCAGACUGCACCCUGCUGCUGAUCCAGCACGGCGCAGAUGUGAACCUGCAGGAUAACUGGGGAGUGACCCCCAUGUACCUGGCGGCAUGCAGUGGGCAAACAGAGUGCAUCCGGUUGCUGGUGCAAGCAGGGGCCUGCAUCUCCUACAGAAAUAAGAGGACUGGAGCCCCUCCCAAGCGCCUCGUUUCCCAGCCAGCCCUGAUCGCCUGGAUGGAGUCCUGCCGUCAGCAGCCGCGUUCUCUCAAGCACCUCAGCCGUCUCUCUAUCCGGACUGCUCUCGGCCACAGGAGGCUCCAAGCCAUCAAGGACUUUGACCUCCCUCCGCUCCUCAAGCAGUACCUUAUGUUUGAGGACCUGACUCUGCCAGACAGGCUGUGGCCUUGAGAUGGGCAUCGCUGGCAACUCCCAGCCCUCUAGGGUUGGCAUUGUUCUCCUGCAGCUGGAAUAAUGCCCUAGGACUAGAAGGAUGUGCUGCCAUUUCCUUGCCCAUCUUGAACGAGUGCCAGCCCCAUCCCACCUGCAAGGGAGAGCUGAAUUGUUACACAGGCUGAGCGUAUCAUCAUCUUCCUUGUCAGCUACCUUUCAUCACUUCUGCCUGUCUCUUGGGCACUUGGACAACAUAAUUGCCUGGCUGGAUCAGACCGUGCAGAACACUGUCUCCAGCACUAACCAGAUAAAUGCUGCUGGGAAACUCACAAGCAGGUCAGAGGGUGAUAGCCAUCAUCCCGUGUGGUUUCCCCCCAGUAGUUGGUACUUGGAGGUAUGCUGCCUCUGAACAUGGAGGUUCCAUUUAGCUGCUUGGGGAGAGAUUGUCAGCUAGGGAAACUUGCACACAGUUUAACCCUACUGGAGUGUCCCAAGGCUGGAAGAGAAAAGAGGAUGUUCUCUCCUGUACAGUGCUGCUUGUCUUUAGGGUUGGCUCGUGCACCGUCACAGUUCUGUUCUUCCGAUUUCAUAGUUGACUGGCUUCUAAGUUCUUGCCUACUCUCUUUACUAGAUAAGGGCUAAGAUAUUUUAAACAUGCAGAGUGAACAAAAAGUGGAGACAAACGUUUGUGGUUACAAAUGUCUCUCUCUCUCUCCCCCCUCCGUAUCCCUCUCCCCUACCCCCCCAUAUAUUAAAGUAAAGUUGUGCCAUCGAGUCGACAUUGACUCCUGGCGCCCACAGAGCCAUGUGGUUAUCUUUGGUAGAAUACAGGAGGGGUUUACCAUUGCCUCCUCCCGCACAGUAUGAGAUGAUGCCUUUCAGCACCUUCCUAUAUCGCUGCUGCCCGAUAUAGGUGUUUCCCAUAGUCUGGGAAACGUACCAGCGGGGAUUUGAACCAGCAACCUCUUGCUCCCUAAGCAAGUUACUUCCCUGCUGUGCCAUUAGGUGGCUCAUUAGAGUAGGGGGGGGCGAAUCUGAGGCACUCUAGUUCUUGUUGGACUGCAACUCCCAUUAUCCCCAGCCACUUGGAGGAUGGGGGAAUUGAUGUCCAGCCAUAUCUAGAGAGCCUCAGAUUAGCCACCCUUGAUUAGGGAGUCAAGCUUGGCUGUGGUUUGUUGAAUAUGGCAAACCAGGGUUUCCCUCGUGUAAUGUGUGAAAAGGCCAUAAGAGGCCUAUUGGAGACAGGGGGGAGCAAACUAGGUUUUGAGAGGGAUGGGACUGAUGAGCCCGGAGCAAAGGGAAGGAGGAAAGUAUGAUGAUGAACUGGCACUUGUGAAGGGCUGUCCGAGGCCACAGAACGGGUUGGUUGGGGAAUCAUGAUGAUCAAGAAGCAGAAAGAGAGAGAGCUGGGGGCAGAGUGGGGCAAGAGACAGGAUUUCCUUGGGACUGGAAAGGGGUGUUGAUGGUUCUCGAGGCACUGCAUUGGGUCCAUUUGGUAGGCUGGGUUUAGCUGGUGGGUCGCCAGUUAGCCAUCUCUAGCCUAGGAGGCUGUUAUGGCCAGUUAAAUUCAAAGGAUUGGUGAUAGGCUUUGUUGUUCUCUGCUGCCGUAAACUUUAUGGGGGGAAAACACCAUUAAAAUGCAUGGUUGUAUUUUGAAUUAUUUCUGUCUCACCUUUCACUGUUGAAAGCAGGCACAAAGGCAGCUUAUGGCCAUUAAGACAGUUAAACACAAUGUUAUACAGCAUACAAAUUAAACAGACAAGUAACAAUAACAGCAAUCCAAAAACAAAAUGAAACCGAAAGAGGGGGAACCUGAUGGAGCUCCAUGGGCAGAGAGUUCCACAGAUGUGCUGCUGGCAACAAAAAGGCCCCCUCUCUGGUGCCUGCCAAGUGUUCUCCAGAGGGCGGGUAUAUGGGCCCAGGCACGUUCAUUGGGGAGUAGGUGGUCCUUAAGGGAAUGUCGCCUCAGAGCAUGCUGGGCUUUAAAGGACAUAUAGCCAGCACUUGGAACUGAAACGAGAAGCCAAGUGGCAGCCAGUAGCAGUAUCAUAGAGGUAUGAUAUGGGCUGUUCAUCUGGCCCAAACCAACACCAUGGCCACUACAUUCUGCACGAAUAGCAGUUCUGACCUGUCUACUCAGGCAGCCUCCCAUGUUGUGUAUUGCAGGAGUCAAGCAUGGAUACAAAAACAGCCCAAGUCGUCAGGGAAGUCGGGUCUUCCAAGUCUGGCUGGCCUUGCAGUUGCACAAAUCAAAAUUGGGAGAAGACAUUUCUGGCCACAGCUGCAGGCCCAGAAGCACCUCCAAGCAGCACACUUGUCUCAAUCUUUUAGGGGAAACGCGACCCUAUCCAAAGCAGGAUGAGUACCUCCAGCCACACUGGGGGAAAGCUGCAGCCAACAGGACCGCCUUCGCCUUGUUUGGAUCACGUUUCAGGCUGUUCACCAUCAUCUAGAGUAGACCAAAACGGCCUCCAAAGGCUGAUUUAGGCCUUUCACUGCCUCCCUGGGAUCAGAAGGUGGUUGGAGCAAGAGGUUGAGCCCAAACUUCCAGACAACCUCUGCCAGCAGCUUUGGGUAGAUGUACAUGAAACCAUUGAUAAAAGCCAUUGGUUAAAAAAGGAUUUGAAAGACCAUGGUUUAAUUUUAGGUUGUAUUUGUAUUGAUUCUGCAUUAGUGUAUGUAAAGGCUUUUAAUUUGUAUUGUC